UUUCCCAAAUAUGGAAGAGGAAGCGGUUAUUGUUGGGGCUGGUAUCUGUGGCUUGGCGACUGCCGUGGCCUUGAAGAGGGUGGGGAUUAGGGCGGUGGUGCUCGAAAGGGCGUCGGAGCUUAGGACCACCGGAGCGGCCAUCUUGCUGUGGUCCAAUGCAUGGCUUGCCCUCAAUGCGCUCGGAGUUACGGAUAAGCUUAAUUUGUUAUAUGCUCCCAUAGAAAGGGGAUUUUUCACUGAUGUCAAGACCAAAUCAACACAGCAAGUGGUCUACGCUUCUAAGGAAAGAGAUGGACCAAGAGCAGUACAUAGAAAAAUCCUCUUACAAGUACUGGCCGAUGAACUUCCCCUGGAUACUAUCCGCUUCUCUUCAAAGCUCACCUCCGUUGAAUCCAUAGUCAAAGAUGGCCAUCGGAUUUCGGUUCUUCGACUUCAUGAUGGAGCCAUAAUCAAGGCUAAGGUGGUGAUAGGGUGUGAUGGAGUCCACUCGGUGAUCGCAAAAAGGUUGAAACUCAGUCCACCGGUUCGCUCGGGCCGAUCUGGAGUUGGUGGGAUUUCAGUGUAUCCGGCGGGCCACGGGCUGAGCCCUAAUGUCCAGCAAUUUGUUGAUGUGUCCAAGAGGGCCGCUAUUAUUCCCCUCAAUGACAAAGAAGUCUACUGGUUUUUGGUUCUUCAAACGACACCUGAAGACAAGGACAUAGGAAACGAUCCAGAAUCAAUACAGAGAGCAGUAAUGGAGAAUUGGGCGAAGGACUUUCCUCUGUCCUACCUUGACAUUGUCCAGCAGUCAGAUCUAUCAACCGUCUCAUUUGCCUCACUUAUGUUCCGGUACCCUUGGGAUGUUGUUCUUGGAACCCUAAGCACAGAGAACAUAGUGGUAGCUGGUGAUGCUAUGCACCCGACGACCCCUGAACUAGGGCAGGGUGGCUGCAUGGCCCUUGAGGAUGCGGUUGUUCUGGGCAGACACAUGGGGAACUCACUCGACCCUAAGGGCAAGCUCAGGCCUGGAGACGUAGGUUGUGCCCUGGGGAAGUAUGUAGGAGAGAGGAGGUGGCGGACCGCAUGGAUCAUUGUGGGCUCGUAUCUAUCGGGGUGGGUCCAGCAAGAUGGUUCAGGUUGGUGGAUGAAGUUCCUUAGGGACUUAUUCUAUAAGACCAUCCAAACCAGAGUCAUCAAUUUGGUACACUACGAUUGUGGGAGGUUGCCAAAUAGGAUGGGGACAUCUCUAUGAAUGACCCUGUGAAAAUCAGGUCGUUAUGGUCAAUCAGUACAUCUAUUAGCAUGUGUAUCAUUUCCAUUUAAAAUACUUGUAUUUCUUCCAUGAUUAUUUCUAAUAAAUGUCUUUUUCUUUUUUA